AUGAAGCCUACUAAGCUGGGAUUUCUUCUAGGGCUCUUCAUAUUCUGUUCACUGACUACUCCAUUAUUGGGUGGUGUUACUAGACUUCUUGAGAAGAUAUGCGGAGAUCUCAAAGAUCCCUGCAUUAUGGAUAUGAAUGUUGGCAGCUGCUUUGAAGUUCACUUUAGAUACUUCUACAACAAAACCUCCAAAGCAUGUGAAAGCUUUGUAUACUCUGGCUGUGAUGGCAACCUUAAUAACUACCAGCUUAAAAUAGAAUGUGAAGUAGCCUGUGUUGAAGAAUACAAAAAAAGUAAGGAAUCCAAUUCUGUUCUCGGUCCUUUGGGGGAGGAAAAGGAAAUUCUCUGA